ACGCCUCGUUGAAUUCUCGCGCGAAACCGCCGCGAGAAACCCUCGUCGAUCGCGACUGACUCGAGCGAGUGUCGGACGCGCGAAAUCUGCGGCUUGCCAGAAGCGAACACCUGUCGUUCUAUCGGCCGUACCACAGAGGGGGAGAGCGCUUACCGAUUUCAAUUGGAAGAUGCUGUCCGGAGCGUGGUUCGAGACAAUCGCAACGAUACUGCUCACGAUUUUGGUGCUGGCUACCGGUUGCCGGCCACCUUGGUGGUUUUGGAACAGGAACAAUAAUGCCAAUUACGAUGCACGCGACAAGAGCAGGAAGUUUAAGACAGCGCGCGACGUGCCGGGCCCGUUUGCCCUGCCGAUUGUGGGCACCAGGUGGAUAUACUCCUGUUGUGGCAAUUACCGUAUGAACAAGAUCCACGAGGCGUACAAAGAUCUGAAUCGGCGAUAUGGUGCGCUGUGCAAGGAGGAGGCAUUGUGGAACCGCCUCGUGAUAUCCCUGUUCUCCCGUCACGACAUCGAGACCGUUCUCCGACGGAGCACGAAAUACCCGCUUCGUCCUCCGCAGGAAAUCAUAUGCUACUACCGGAGAACACGACGCGAUCGUUACACCAACUACGGCAUUGUCAAUGAACAAGGCGUGACAUGGCAUAACCUUCGGGCAGCUUUAACGUCCGAACUCACCGGUGCCAGUACUGUGUUCAGUUUCUUUCCUGCACUCAAUAUUGUUACCGACGAUUUCAUCGAGUUAAUUCGCAAAGGAAGAACGGGCAUCACCGUGAAAGGCUUCGAGGAUAUAGCUCACAGGAUGGGACUCGAGAGCACAUGUACCUUGAUCCUGGGACGUCAUUUGGGCUUCCUUAAACCGGAUUCUAGCUGCAUGCUCACGACUAAAUUAGCGGAGGCGCUCAGGGUCCACUUCACAGCCAUGCGCGAUGCCUUUUACGGUUUGCCAUUUUGGAAGCUGCUGCCGACAUCCUCGUACAGGCAGUUGAUAGAGAGCGAGGACACUAUAUACAACAUCAUCUCGGAGUUCAUUGAGACGAGUAUGCGGGAGAAAGUGGAUGACGCCCAAGACGAUUCUAUCGAGGCGGUGUUCCUAUCUAUUUUACGACACAAGGAGCUCGACAUGAGGGAUAAGAAAGCUGCUAUAGUGGAUUUUAUUGCAGCGGGCAUACACACACUAGGCAACACGCUGAUGUAUCUUUUCGACAUGAUCGGUAAGAACCCUGAAGUACAAGCAACUCUCUAUGAGGAGGUGCGGUCAUUGGCGCCUCCUGGCUGCGACAUCAGGAUUGAGGAUUUACGAAAGGCGAAGUAUCUGCGUGCCUGCAUCAUGGAAUCUUAUAGAAUGAUGCCCACGACACCGUGCAUAGCCCGCAUACUAGAUGAGCCUCUCGAGCUGGAAGAGUAUCGCCUCGAACCCGGAACAGUAGUAUUAUUGCAUACGUGGAUCGCGGGUAUGAAUGAGGAGAAUUUCAAAGACGCGUCCAAGUGCCAGCCGGAGAGAUGGCUGAGACCGACAGUGCCUAUGUCACCUUUACUGGUGGCGCCUUUCGGCAUCGGUAGAAGGAUAUGUCCGGGGAAACGAUUUGCGGACCUCGCAUUGGAGCUUAUUCUAGCGAAGAUCGUACGGGAAUUCGAGAUCGUCGCAGAGGACAAGCUCGACUUGCAGUUUGAAUUUAUCUUGUCGCCGCAAGCGCCCGUGUCGAUCGGGUUUCGGGAUCGAGAGCUGGAAUGACCUGAGCCUGAAUUUAUUAAUUUCACGAUCGUCCGCGAAUGACAAUUGGAUCAAUUGUCGCAGGCGGACCGAGUCGUACCUCACGCAAGUUCCGGUUCGAAUGGGCGCGCGCGCAGUUUUUCAUCCGAUUGAUUUCUCAACUGAGUUAGUUAUUUUACGUUUGUAUUAUUUGUAAUAUUUUUUAAUUCGUUGAAAGAGGAACUUCGUUCGUCCGUCGAGGGUAUUCGUCAUUAAUUGCUAAUGUUAUUGUAUUUAUAUUUAGCUUAAGCGCUUUAGCUUAAGCAAUUGGGUUCCCUUACCUUUUAAGACAUUGACGUACAGUGCUUGCAAUGCUCUGUAUCACACGUGCCACACAUCUCACGAUCGUCAAUUCUUUCCUCGUUAUUUUCUGUUAUUUCCUCUCUUCUUUUCAUUUACGCGCUGCGAAAUCAAAGCCGCCUCUCGUGUCUCUCGAUUGGCCGAGGUUGCGCGGAAGAUAGGCUGGCGGUGUUUAAUUUUUUUAACGCGAACGAGCCCGCGGGUGUCUUAGUAACCCUACUAAGUUUUAUCUACGAUAACUAUAACAUUAAUAUAAAAAUAUGAAAGAUAGCGCGAAGAUGAGAUCGAACGGUUGAGAAAAGAGAAAGAGUAAGUCGAAUACGGUGCGACAAUUAAUGCGAUAAUUGAAGUAUUCGUACACACGGAGAAUAUCGAUCUUGUGAUCGCUAUGUUGGAAGAUUAUGCGAAGGAAAGUUGAUUAAUUUGAUAAUUUGUCGGAUCCUGAGGGAGACAUUUUUUCUCUACUAUUGAAAUCUGUAACUGGGACGACUGAGUUAACCCGCGUGGAAGAAUGGAAUCUUCAUUUGCGGUAACCCGGUAUUCCGCCGAGAUUAUACCCUACAGAGAGCAGCGCGAGAUCGAUCCUAAUUUAUAAUUAUUUAUUUCCACAAGCUGCAGAGUUUAAUUGUCCGUUCACGGCGAGAGUGAGACGAUCCCGAUGUCGCCGAUCCGCCGACGGCGCAUCGAUUGACUAACUGUGGCUGAACGUUAUAUUUACGUUACUGUACGAAAGAAGAAACAAAGAUUUAUACGCAAAGUAACCGCUAAACGUUGACUAUCGAGGGAAGACGUCACUUCCCUCUUGAAUUAUUACGCUACUUAGAAAGCAUCGGGGCAGAGCUUGUGCCCCGGCGAGUGAUCUCAUUCAAAACAUCCCCGUCGAAGCGCGGUUUUUCAUGCAACUUGAAAACGGAUCGUUCAUGCAACAUCCUUGUACAUAAAACGUAUGUAGAUAUUUCUUGUUGAAUGUAGUGAAUAAAGUAUGAGGAAGUAUGCAAUGCGAA